CCCUGAUUUAGAAUUAGCGGAAACGCUUUCAAGAAGUCAAUGAAUUAUUCGACCACUAUUACUCAAAAAAAUUCUUCGUAGAGAUUACAGAAUCUUUCUACUACUAUUUUAGAUAAUAUACCAAUGGCGAACUAAUCCCGUUGUUCAGUGUAGGACAGACUAUGAAUUCUAAUUAAUUCGUUGAUAUCCAUUGACCAUGCCUAGUUCCGUAUGAUUGAUGAUCUCAUUCAAUCAUUGAGUUGACGAAGUCACAUUGUUGUAACAUUUACAUUGUUGUAGACAGAGACAGGAAGUAUUACAUUUUACUACUUGUACAAGCUACAGUACUACAUGUAACCACAAACAAUGGAAACUGUGGAGAAUGUUACAGAUGUCCAUCGGUGUAUAGAAUGUGAUGAGAUAUUUCAACUGUAUGAUGAUUUACUUAAGCACAAAGAAUUACACAAAUAUGUUACAAAAAAACGCAAAAUAUCACAACAGGUUGUUGCAGAAAAAUGCAAAAUAUUAAGUGAAGAUGUUACAGAAAAACACCCAAAAUUACACAAAGAUGUUGCAGAAAAACACAAAAUGUCCGACCAAGAUGUUAUACAAAAACACAAAAUAUCCGACCAAGAUGUUAUACAAAAACACAUAAUGUCACAAGAAGAUGUUAUACAAAAACACAAAAUGUCACAAGAAGAUGUUACAGAAAAGUGCAAGAUAUCAGAAGAAGAUGUUACAGAAAAACGCAAAAGACGCAAAAUAUUACACCAAGAUAUUGCAGAAAAAGUUCCUGUAAAACUUAAAAGUACAGAUACUGAAAAUGAUUUAAACCAAAUUAUUGAACCAGAGUCAGAUCCAAACAGUCCUGAACCAGAGUCAGUCUCAAACAGCCCAGAACCAGGGUCAGACCCAAACAGCCCAGAAUUAGGGUCAGACCCAAACAGUCCAGAACCCGAGUCAGACCCAUACAUUCCUGAACCAGAAGUGGCGUUGAACAAUCGGACAAGCCCUAAAAAGAGUUAUAAAUGUCAUGUUUGUGGUAAAUCAUUUAAUUGGAGGGGCAACUUGAGGGCCCAUAGUGCCAUCCAUACGGGUAUAAAACCUUACGAGUGUGACAUUUGUAGUAAAGCAUUCUCUCGUCUUGAUACGUUACAGAGACACGUCCGAUGUCACACGCGCGAGAAACCUUAUAGAUGUGAUAUCUGUGGUAAAUUAUAUGCCGAUAGCAGUUCUGUAUCAAAGCAUAAAAGAAUGUGUCAUGGAGUGGUCAAAAAAGAUAAAAACGUUCAUGUUCAUUCGAUUAAAAGUCGCGAUGUUGAAAAGAAAGAAACUGGGGAUAUUACGGACCAUCGCUGCAAAUUGUGUGAUCAAGCAUUUGAAUCUUCAACAGAUUUAGAAAAACAUUCUAGAAUACAUGGUAAAAAAGAUGAGUCUGUUGAAAACGCUUCACUUCAAAGUAAAAGUAGCGAAGGGGAAGAUUUAUGUAAGUCUGAUCAGAUUACUGAACCAGGAACGGAGACAGACACGCCUAAGAGAAGCUUUAAAUGUGAUGUUUGUGGUAAAUCGUUCAAUUGGAGAAGUAACCUGAGGGCGCACAAUGCUAUUCAUACGGGUAUUAAACCCUUUCAGUGUGAUGCCUGCGAUAAAGCAUUCGCUCGUCCGGAAUCGUUACAGCGCCACGUCCGAUGUCACACCCAGGAAAAACCUUAUAAAUGUGAUGUUUGUGGUAAAUUAUUCGGUGAUAACAGCUCUUUAUCUAAGCAUAAAAAAAUUCACGAUGGUACUCAAGAAACGCCCUACGAAUGCGGUGUUUGUUGGAAAGCAUUUGGUCAGAGCAGUGGUCUACAAAGACACAUGAGAAUUCAUACCGGUGAAAAACCCUUUGAAUGUGGGAUUUGUGGGAAAUCGUUUAAUCUCAGUCAUACGUUACGAACUCACAUUCGAACUCAUUCCGGAGAACGACCCUUUCAAUGCGAUCUUUGUGACAAAUCGUUCCGAGAACGAGGCGUUUUAGUCACUCAUAUCAGAACUCACACAGGUGAGAAGCCGUUUAAAUGCGAGCUCUGUUGUCGAGCUUUUUGUGAUCGCAGUUCUGUGGGCAGACAUAUGAAGUCAUGCAAGAUGAAAACUUAAAGUAGCCAAGUCUUUAACUCAAUAUAAUCCAAAAUCUUCGUCAUUGAAAACAGAAAUGAUUUGUUCAUUUGUUAAUUUACAUGUAAAUCAACAUUAGUGUUGUGAUCUUACGGGGAAAAGAUGGGCUUCUGAUAUUGAAUAUUUAAAAUAAAAUAAACAUUUUAUCAUUGGUACAUGAAUCAUGACUCAAAGAACGAGGCUAGCAUAUUCCACAAGUCUUGUCAAACGGUGAAAGCAUAUUCUUAUCUGGAGAGCAUGCGCACUAAAUACUAUAUAGAGUGGAAUAACCAGACGCUAGAGAUUGCCAUUCGAUUGAGACUUCUAUCGUAUUUCGCCGAACAUGACUGAUUUGAAAUUAGAGUAAAAACCGAAACGAUUGAAUGUAAAUCAGUUUAUAUACAUUCAUAUUACAUUAUUAUAUGUAUAUGCUUUGUAACCCAUUUGUGUCAAUUUCUAGGUCCCAAAUAUUAGCAAAUUAACAUGUAGCUCCUUUAACAGGUUCUCUAUUUUCUGUCAUUGAGUCCAGUGGCUUGGUUUUGAUUCCCGCUUGAACAUACUUUGUAACAACGAUCAGGGUCACCUGCCCAAAUUGGUGGGUGCUUGUGUUGAGUGAACGUUAAACCCCAUUUCUCGUUCUCUCUCACAGGUAGAUCCAAAAUGUCAUGGGUUGUGUACAUGUACAUAUAAUAAACCCCUUUUCAUUCCUCUCUCUCUUCAGGUUGGAUUUGAUUACAUGUAGAUAUAACAGGGCAGUCCGGAAAAAGAUUUUAACCAGCACUAAUGCUGUACAUGUGUAGAUAGUGUUGACUUAUUUACAUGUACAUGUAUCUAUAUUGUCUUUAACUGAGUACAUUGUAAAUACUCAACUGAAUUCAUCGAUUUUUAGACUGAUAUUUCUUGUUGAGACUUUCGCAAUAUGUACGUGUAUUCCUUAAAAAAUCAACAGGGCCGGGUUUCAACUUGGUUUAAUAAUUAUACUAUAAUAUGUACAUUCGUACAUGUACAGUGCAGGUAUAAGAAAACCCUUAAAGGCUCAACCAAUACCACUCUUGUUGUAACUGAAUAAUAUGUCCCAAUCUUUAUUCUAGUCAAUAAAUUGUACUAUUUUACAAUAUUCCAAUUAAUUGAUGAUACAAAUUUCAUCUUAACACACCUAAUUGGAAAAAUUCAACUAAAUGAUUUGAAAAGCCUAACGUAAACCUUUUCAAAUGUGACUUGGAUUUAGAAAUAUUUUUGAACCCUCUGGACAAAUAAAACAUGAUUUAAUGGAUAAUUUACACAACAGGUAAGACACUAACACAUCUUAUACUUAGAAUAAGGCUAUUUUUUAUUUUCUGGAGCUGUCAAGCCAGCAAGAGUGUUAUUGUCCCUUUAAAUAGGAUGCUUUCUUUGCAGAAAGAUAACAUGCAUCUUUAAGUAAACAGUUGGGGUGCUUAUCUGAAAUUUCAAAAUUCCAGAAUUGCUGUAAUUUAAUCUGGCUUGCAUAGAUUCAUGCCACUUUCAAUUAUAUAUGUACAUGUAUAACGUGAAUUAUGUUAAAAGUUAUUAAAAUU